AUGCCACCUAAACGUAAAUCCAAGAAGGAUAAAGCUAAGGUUAUCCUUGAUUUAUCAGAAGAAGUUUCAAUUACAAAUACUACCGAAGAAUUUGAAGUUAAGAAUUAUGAUUAUAAGGAUCUUCAACAACCAGAUGACCCAUUUGAAAACGAUUUAAAUUACCUUCUUCAAGACCAGAAACAAGUUCCAACCACACAUAUUGUAGAGGAAAUUGAAAUUUUACAAGUUGAGAGUCCUAUAACAAACAACCGUGCCACUCCAAAAUCUAGAAAACGUAACAAUAAAAAGAUUGAGGUUAAGAUCGAUGAUAUAACAAAAGAUAUGGAAGAGAUUACAUUUUCUAGUAGUGAUGAAGACAAUGAUGAGCCAUCAGAAACAAGCAAGAAAGCUGGAACGAAAUCUUCAGUCGAUAAGAAAAAGAAGGCAAACCAAAAGAGAUCUGAAAGAAGAGCCAAUGCUAGAGAAAGGGAAAGGGAAAGUGAAAGAAAUUCUAAAUCUGGAACCAAUUCCCCUGUAAAGAGUUCUGAACAAAACAAUUCUUUAAAGUCAGCCUUAACUAAUGAUGGUGAUGAAAAAUUUUCCAUGACUUCCUUGUUCAAUAAAGAGGUUUUGGAUGAUUUGAAUAGAGGUGUGAGUUCCGAUUGUUCAACCAGUAUGAAUGAGAGUCCAGUAAAAGCUAAGCAGAAGAAGAAGAAAAGAAACAACAAGAAGAAAUCACCAGCCAUUGAAGAACCAGAACAACAAUUAAAUGGGAAAAUUGAAGAAACUGUUCAAGAUGUUACCAGUCCUUUGAAAUCUAAUACACCAGUAAAGAAUACACCAAAAAAAACCAAAAAGAAUAAGGAUGUUAAGGAUGUCAAAGUUACAGAACAAAGUUCAAGUCCAAGCUCUUCUGACGUAGCUUCUACCAAGAAAUCUCGCAAGAAUAAAUCAUCCAAGAAGUCCAAUUCUGAAUUAAUCACUCCACAAAGAGAAAUAUCUCCAAGUAACGACUCAAUUUUGGAUGAUGAAAAUGAAACACUUCUUACAUCACCCGAGAAUGUUGUAACUGUGAAAGAGGAUAAAGCUAGUGGGAUAGAAUACAUUGAUGAUGGACAACCAAUUGUUACCCAAUCGGACAGCACUGUUUUGGUUGGCAAAGAUAACGAAUUGAUUACCGUUGAAGAGCUUAAAAAGAAGAAAACCAUUGAUAAAGAAUACUCUAUCUAUGAUCAUGAAUCAAGUUUAAGUCGUAAUGAAAGAAUGAAGCUCAAUGCUAAAAAAUCACCUGAAAAUCUUGAAAAUCCAUUUGCUAUUAACCUAAGAUCAACGAAAAGGACAAUUUCAAAUGGGAAAUAUUCUGAAAAUUUACCUAGGGUUAAUGCAAUUAAAACCAUCAUUGGAUUAUCACACAAACAAAUCUUGAACUUACCUCUCACUGAUGUUAAAUGUAAGGCGAUUAUUUCUUCUACAAUGACAACCAAAUUUGUUGCUAAUAUUUUGAAAUUUUCACUUUUACAUUCACAUGAUAUCUUUAGUGAUGUAGAUAUUCGAUCAAAGUUCUUACAAGUUUGUGUUAGUGUUGCCUUGUAUGAAUCUACUGGAUUCAAGAAAACAAUGAAGGAAUUUCCAGUUGAUGUAUUAUUUGGCCAUUACCCUGAGAUUACACUUGAAAAUACUGGUACUAAACUUACCCCACCAAGUGAAACUAUUCACCAAAAUCAAUUUGAUUAUUCGGUUCUUUCAUUUAUUGGCCAUGUUGUUAUAUGGGCAUAUGCACAACAAGUGGAACAAAAUGUAGUUCCCCUGCUUGCAGAAAAGUAUCCAAACUUGAACUUAUCAGUGAAGGAAGUCCAAAAGAACUUGGGAGGAGAUCAUUUAUGGGAUAGAUUACGUAGAGAUGCAGGUACCAUCAAUACUAAAAGAUGGAAACAUAUCAAUAAGUUUAGAGAAAACUUUGGGUUCUAUGAAGACCAAUUCAUGUUAAUUCUUCGAUUCUUGAAUGUCGAUGAUACCAUACCUUAG